CGCCUCACAGUCUUCUGCGCCGCCAUUUUGCAGUGACGAACGGUACAGCGAGCUGUGUAGGAUCUCUGAUAACGAUGUCUCGUGAUAGAUUCCGAAGCCGCGGUGGCAUGGGCGGCGGAGGAGGAGGGAUGGGAUUGAACAUUUACCGUCGGGGUAACGGUGGACGUGGUGGUAUGGGAGGCAUGUCUAACUACCGCGGACAUAGCUAUAUGGACUCGAAUCGCGGCCCUUUAGGCCAUAACCACCACCAGCAGCAGCAGCAUAAACCCCAACAGAACCAGCAGAAGCCUCCACAGCCGCAGCAACAGAAGCCAGCGCUGCCCCCGCAGCAGCAGAAGCCGCCCCAGCAGAACCAGGAGCAGAAACCGGCCACUCAAGAGCCCGCCAAGACCCCUCAGACUCCGCAGACCCCUGCGGCCAAAAGCCCUGCGGCCAAGACUCCCGCUCCUCAGACUCCUGCAGCUCUUACCCAGCCCAAACCAACGCCGUCCCCUCAGCAGAAGCCCGGCAGUGCGCCGCAACAGCCAUCGCCCGCCUUGCUGAAACCCGCUAUACAGAAUCAGACCCAGAAGCUGCCGCCUAAAGUAACCCCCCCUCCCUCCCAGAACUCGUCUCAGCCACCCCAGCAGAAGCCUGUAACACCCCAACAGCAGCAGAAGCCUGCGCCACUGCAGCCGCAGAAGCCUGUAACACCUCAGCAGCCGCAGAAGCCUGUAAUGGCCCAGCAGCAGAAGCCUGUAACACCCCAGCAGCAGCAGAAGCCUGUAAUACCCCAACAUCAGCAGCAGCAGAAGCCUGUAAUGCCCCAACAGCAGCAGCAGAAGCCUGUUCUGCCCCAACAACAAAAGCCUGCUCCGCUACAGCAGCUGAAGCCUGCCCCUCCUCCGCAGCAACAGCAGAAUCAGGCGCAGCAGCAGCAAAGGGGGCGCUCCGGGCCUAACCCGCAGCCCGGCCAGAAGAGGCCGCACCAGUCCCGAUUCCACUCACAUCCACCGGAACAGCACCAGACGCCUGAGCUCAAAAAGGAGGAGAGCGACUGGAGCGAGGGUGUUCGGGCCACUCUGUCCCUUCUGAAGAGGCCCGGAGAGAAGACUUACACCCAGCGCUGCAGGCUGUUUGUCGGCAAUCUGCCGACGGAUAUCUCGGAUGACGAGUUUAAGAAGCUGUUCUCGAAAUAUGGAGAAGCCGGCGAAGUGUUCAUCAAUAAGAACAAGGGCUUCGGCUUCAUUAAGCUGGAAACUAGGGCACUGGCUGAGAUUGCCAAGGCAGAACUUGAUGAUUUCCCAAUGAGAGGUAGACAACUCAGAGUACGAUUUGCUACCCAUUCUGCGGCCCUUUCUGUGCGCAACUUGUCUCCAUUUGUAUCAAAUGAGCUCUUAGAAGAAGCCUUCAGCCAAUUUGGACCUGUUGAGAGGGCUGUGGUUAUAGUGGAUGACCGAGGGAGAUCCACUGGAAAGGGAAUAAUUGAAUUUGCUGCGAAACCAGCUGCCAGAAAAGCAUAUGACCGGUGUGCAGAUGGAGUGUUUCUUUUGACCACGACACCAAUGCCAGUUAUUGUGGAGCCAUUGGAACAGUAUGAUGAUGAGGAUGGGCUUCCUGAGAAACUUGCUCAGAAGAAUCACAUGUAUCAAAAGGAGCGGGAGAUACCACCUCGGUUUGCACAACAUGGCUCCUUUGAGUAUGAAUAUUCCCAGAGGUGGAAGUCUUUGGAUGAUAUGGAGAAACAGCAAAGGCAGCAAGUGGAGAAAAACAUGAAGGAAGCUAAAGAGAAGCUUGAAAGUGAAAUGGAAGAUGCUUUCCAUGAACAUCAAGCCAACCUGCUUCGACAAGAUCUGUUGAGGCGUCAGGAAGAGCUUAGACGUAUGGAAGAACUACACAAUCAAGAAAUGCAAAAGCGUAAGGAGAUGCAGUUACGACAAGAAGAAGAGCGACGGAGGCGUGAGGAAGAGAUGAUGAUUCGUCAGCGUGAAAUGGAAGAGCAGAUGAGACGCCAAAGAGAUGAUGGCUAUCGUAUGGGAUACAUGGAUCCAAGGGAGCGGGAGAUGCGCAUGGGAGCAAACUCUAUGGGCAUGGGAGAUCCCUAUGGUGCAGCAGCACAGAAGUACCCACCCCUUGGGGCAUCUGGUAUGGGUUAUGAAGGCAGCCCAGGUGUAACCCAAGCAGCAAUUGCUUCAUCCCUGAUGGCAGGCGAAAUGCGUAACGAUCGCUUUGCCCAGGGCAAUGCAGGAACUCCCACUGCACAGGCUUCCAGAGGGAUUGGGGCUGUACCUCCUGCAGCGGGUGCUGGAGGUUAUGGCAGGGGCAGAGGAGAUGAAUAUGAAGGGCCAAGCAAAAAAGCCAGAUUCUAAAUAGAUUCCCUUAAGUCUAAUGUUAAUUUUUGUUUAAUAUAUUUUUUUUUAACUUGCAUUUUAGCGAGAAGGUAACAUUUUUAUGGAUGCCUUUGCUUGACCCAGUAUUUGUAAAGCCAGUUAAUAUAUGCAGAUUUGACUUGUGACAUUCUCAUUUGUUUUAUGACAGUUUGUGGAUUCCCUUAUCUCUCCUCUUUUUAUAUAUUUUUAAACUGUGCUUGACCUAUACUGGAUGCUAUAUACACUCUUGGACAUUGCCAUUUACAUUUUUGACAGUUGACUGGGAUAAGUGAUCUCAGGAGCUGUGAUUGUGGCUUGGUAAGACCACUGCAUGACUUGCCUUGCCUCUGCCACCCACUUGGACUGUAAAACCAGAUAGGCAGCCCUACACCAUACAUCUGUGCAGCACAAAUGCAGCUGGCUGUGGUUUCGUCAAGAUGGUGAUAUAAUUCUCAUCACUGUGGUUUAUAUGCCCAGUAUUUUGGGUAACAGCUCUAACACUCAAAUCUUUAUGUAAUUGAGUAUUGUGACAAGUAGAAGCUCCAUGGAUUUUGUCCUUGUAAUUCGUUGUAUUAAAAAAACUUAAAAUAAAAAAUGUGGAAUGCUUAUUGUGUUGGGUUACCAUAUGGUCACUACUGAAAGGGGAAACUAGCAGAGAACAGUAACGUGGUGUAAUCAGAUUCCGACUUUUGAAGUAUCACAAGAUUGUUUCUGGGAUAACUCCUUGUUGGUAGGCAGACCUGGAGAAAUCCUUAUGUAACCGCCAACAAGAAAUAACUUUAUGGCAAUCCUUGCGACGCAUGAAAUUGGAAAGCUAUUUAAAACUUGUGCUUUUAUGACAAAGGGUAGUGACAAGGUCCUUUUAACUUAUGAUAUUGGGUAGCAGAAGCCUUUGUAUUGAAUGUACAACUGGCUCAUUUUUGUUAAGACCCUUUGGAAUUUUUUUUUUUUCCCCCUUAAACUGUGGGGCAUACUCGUGCAGUAUCAAUUGGGAUUUUUUAAUUUCCGCCUCUAGAAUAUAUUAUAAAUUUUCCUCAAACAGCUUGCUUAAUAAAAUUGCAUUGUGGUAAUACUUGAACAAUGUGCAAGCUGUUUAGAUACUCUAUUAGAUUUCCAAGACUAGUUUGAGAUUUGGCUUUAUUUUAAUAAGGUUUUCUCUAGAAAUUUUUUUUUUGUAGUCUAAGCAAACUGGAGGAGCUGUCAUCCCUCCUGACUUUUUAUUUAGGAAUUUAAUUCUGAAGCAUAUUUAAUUAGAACUGUACAUUGUGCCAUUCCAAUUAUUUCCACUAUAAUUUUAUGAAUUGACAACUGGCUAUUGUGGAUUAGUGGUGUCCCAUACAGUUGGUGCUGACAGUGCCAGAAUGUGUAGGGACACACCCCUUUGACAAGCAUAAUGUAACACCCAGUUGUCAAAUCAGAUGGUGAGGAGGUAUAACAAAUGGCUCAUUCUCCAGACUGGUUGUCAUUGUGAUUGCAGUUAUCCUAUGAAGAUGGGUCAUGUUGACAAGUCCUCUUAAUGCAGAAUAAUUGUUUUUCCAGAUAUAUCGGUAUGGUAAAUUAUGCAAGUCCUUAUUGGGUUCAAAUUUAUGGAGUCUUUAAUAUGAUAUAGAUGACUGCAUUUUUGUUCAAGCCACUCCUAAGACAAAUUGCAUUAGAGAACAAUCGCUGGGAAACUUAUUUUAUUUGGAGCAUCUCCUUCCAAAGCAGUUUACAAGAGAAGGGACCAACCUCUUGUACUGUUAUAACCUUAAAGGGGUUGUCUGAUCAAUGCUGUUCAAGACUCCCUCCAUCUCAGCACUGUUUAAUCCUUUCUGCUGGGCUUUGAGUGGUGGUGUCCAUAUACUGCACACGACUGCUACAGCCAAUUUGCUGGCCUCAGUUGUCUUGUGCUUUAUUAUUUAGACGCCAGUGAUUGGCUGCAGCAGUCUUGUGUGUUGCAUGGAAUGCCACUGCUGCAGUCAUACUUUUGCAGAUAGGAACGGAGGGUAGGGGGCAGUCAGAAUGAGGAGUUGCCAUAACUUGACAUCCUUUAAGGUACUUCGAUAAGGUCUCUGUAAAAAGGUGCAGUGUAAGGCUACUUGCACACAACCGUAUGUGUUUUGCAGUCCGCAAAUUGCACAUCUG